ACAACACCCAUAAUUAAUCGAUUUCUAGAUUCCUAGAAGUUGCUUUCUCUCAGUUCUCACAAAGUUGUCCUUUUCAUAGCCUAACUUUUAGCUAUUGCCAGCCAAAAAUCCAACGAAUUCAGGAAAAUGUCAUGGAUCAUGGCCCCCAAUCUCUCUUUUUAGUAAAACCCUACAAAAUUCUACGAAGAGAGGAGAUAGAAUGGAGAAGAUACCCACAUGGCAAGCUGCAACUUUGAGUGGAAUUGUGGCAUGGAUUAUAAUUUCAUCGUUUUUGGAUUUAACCCGAAAGAUUAGAUCAAUCUUACAACCUUGGGUUAUACACCAUGUUAAAACUGGCAUACCCCUUGUUCUUCAGAUACAGAAAUCCCAACACAAAGUUUUGGAUGCUUUAUUUUCUGUGGUAUCAUGUGUUGUUUCUGUGCCAUUCUACACUGGUUUCCUUCCACUGCUUUUUUGGAGUGGACAUGGGAAGUUAGCAAGGCAAAUGACACUUUUAAUGGCCUUCUGUGAUUAUGUUGGAAAUUGUAUAAAGGAUAUGAUUUCGGCUCCGAGGCCGAGCUGCCCACCUGUUAGGAGAUUGAUUGCUACGAAAGAUGAAGAAGAGAAUGCACAAGAAUAUGGGUUGCCUUCAUCUCAUACCCUAAACACUGUUUGCUUAUCGGGGUACCUUUUGUAUUAUGUUAUAUCGUAUAACACAAGUGUUGGCCCUGAAGUUUUUGUUGGCUUCGCUAUGGUUUGCUUGUUUGUUGGCCUUAUAGCAUUUGGAAGAAUCUACCUUGGGAUGCACAGUUUGAUUGAUAUCAUUGGUGGUUUUGUCCUUGGAUUGGUAAUCCUUGCAGUUUGGCUCACAGCCCAUGAAUAUGUCGACACUUUUGUUACUGCUGGUAAAAAUGUUACAACAUUUUGGGCUGCCCUUAGCUUCUUGUUGUUCUUUGCUUAUCCAACACCGGAGGUACCAACACCAAGCUUUGAGUUCCAUACAGCCUUCAAUGGUGUUGCAUUUGGCAUUGUUUCUGGAGUACAACAGACGUAUAACCAGUUUCACCACGAGGAUGUGCCACGCCUAUUUACCGCCAACCUUGCAGCUCCAACCUUUAUCAGACGGGUCCUUGUUGGUAUACCCACCAUCCUUCUAGUUAAGUACUGCAGCAAGGCCUUGGCAAAGUGGGUAUUGCCAGUGGCAUUUAACACCAUGGGUAUUCCUAUAAGGUCAACUACUUACCUUCCUGCUCUAAAAGGAUCAACAACUGCUAAAAAGUCUAACAAAACCAAACAACAAUCAGGGUAUCUUCAGAAAAUCUUCUCUUCCUAUGAAAAUUCUUUUGAUAUUGAUACAGGCAUCAGAUUUAUCCAGUAUGCAGGCCUUGCAUGGUCUGUUGUUGAUCUUGUUCCAUCACUAUUUUCUCAGCUCAAUCUGUGAAUAGUAUAUUUUUGACAUAUUUGUGUAGAGUAUCUAUUGUUAACCCUUUGCUUGGCAAAAGCAUAGUGAGUAUCUAUAUACUACGUAAUUCGUUACUACUGUAUAUUUCCUUGAUUUAUUGUAGUGAUGCGAAGUAUUUAGUAGAUCUUAA